AUGAAAAGUAUAUUAUUAAUAGCAACUAUUCAAGAUUUAUUUGUAUUUUCUUUAACUAUCGGUGGUGUAAUAUGGAACAAAAAUCUUGGUGUCUUUGUACCCAUAUUUAGCAUUAAUCGUUAUUGGAUAAUUCAUCAAGAAGUUUUGUCGAAAAAACGAUUAAUCGAAACACAUAAUUUUCAUAAAGAAAUUAUUGAAUUUACUUAUUUUGAGGAAUCAAAUAUAGUCUCUUACAGUGACAAUGAUACUAAGGUCAGUGGUCUUGCAGCUGACAUAUGGAAUUUACUCUCUGAAUCUUUAAAUUUUACAUUGAAAACAAUACGUUCAGAUGUAACAACUGUGGGUACUUUUAUUAAUGAAAAUGGUAAUAUUACUUAUCAAGGUUUGUUAGGUUUAUUACAACAAAAUAAAACCGAUGUAGUACCAAAAAUAGGGAUGUAUUCUAAACGAGUCAAUGCUGCUCGAUUUACACCUGCACUUUGGAAAACACCACAUCGACUUUUUCUUCGAGUCGAUCCAGCAUAUAGUUCCGGUUGGGUAUUAUAUUUAUUCGAUUGGAAUGUUUGGUAUUUUAUUGCAGCAACGUAUGUUUUAUUAACUAUAUGCGGUUACAUAUCACAAUUAGUAUUCUCAUGUUACAUUGAAAUCAAACAAAAAGCAGAUUUAAUCGAUCAUUGUUUCUACAACUUUGGUAUGUUAUGCAAACAAGGUUGUAUUCCAGAAGAAUUUGAGGGAAGAUCACGAAUAAUAGAAUUAUCCCUGAGUUUGUUUUGCACUAUUAUGCAUAUAGCUUUUUCCGUGCUCGUAUUUGCUUACAUGACAACGAAAAUCGUAGAUUUACCGACAUUCAAUGAUCUUAUAUCUUUGAAAAAUAAAACGAAUUACAACGUCGUUAUCGUCAACGGAUCUGUUCCUUAUAUAGCAUUUAAGAUAAGUAAUGUAGUUUUAAAAGAAUUAUGGAAAAGCAAUCGACUUCUUGUAGUUGAGACGGAUGAAGAAAUGUAUGAACAAGCAUGUUUUAACGAUUAUGUUAUGUUCUUUCCCGAAGAUGUGCAUGACACAAAAGGAGAUUAUAUUUGUCAAUUGGAAGCUGUAGGACAAGUUUAUUUUGAAACAUGGGUUGCAUCUGGAAUAAGUAAAAAAUUCAAAUAUAAAAGGACAAUAGAUAUGGGUGUCAUAAAAUUACUCGAGAUUGGUUUAAUAGAUCGAUUAAAAAAGCAAAUAAAAGCUAAUAAAAAGAUAUAUUUGGAUUGGCAGCAACCAGAUCCGGUUGAAAUGGAACAGGUGUCUACAUUUUUCUUGAUACCAUGUUUUGCGGCUAUUUUAGCUAGCAUAAUUUUCGUAAUUGAAAAUUUAGUAUUUGUUUGGAACCAACGAAAGUAUCGAUUACAAAAAUUUUUUAAAUAA